AUGCAACAAGAUAUUAUUUCUAUUGAAAGUUCAUCAUGGAAUACCGCCACAGAUGAUGAAAGAUUUAUACUAGAUGGACUUUUAGAGGAAGGAUAUAUCAAUGAAACAAUGCUACCGUGGAAUAGUGGUAUACCACUUCUGGUUAGAUUUAUUUGGGGUACUGAAGCUUACAACAAUGGUGAAAUUGUCGGCCUUGAAGUCUUGUAA